AUUUUCACCCUUCACCAACAAUUCCCAAAUCCCAAAAAGAAAAGAAUAUUUUAAUCAAAGGGUUGAUUCGGAAUCUUUUAUCUCCCCUGUACCCUUGAGAUACCCUCUGUGACUGAGAAUCUCCACUCAAAUGGCUUCUUCAGACCACCAUAUGAAUGACCACCACCACCAUCAUCAUCAUGACCAUGACCAUAACCAUGAGGACACAAAAGCGACAUCAUGGGUAGGAGCAGAUGGGAAAGUAUACCAUAGUCAUGAUGGGUUGGCUCCUCACUCUCAUGAACCUAUUUAUUCACCUGGCUACUUUAGCAGAAGGGCACCUCCACUUAAUGACAGGAAUUUCAGUGAAAGAGCCUUUACUAUUGGAAUUGGUGGCCCUGUUGGUACUGGGAAAACAGCUCUAAUGCUGGCAUUAUGUAAAAUCUUGAGGGAAAAAUACAGUCUUGCAGCAGUAACAAAUGAUAUAUUCACGAAAGAAGAUGGAGAGUUCUUAAUAAAACAUGGUGCAUUGCCGGAGGAAAGGAUUCGAGCAGUGGAGACAGGAGGAUGCCCACAUGCUGCUAUUAGGGAAGAUAUAAGCAUUAACCUUGGACCUCUUGAGGAGCUUUCUAAUUUGUACAAAGCAGAUAUACUACUCUGUGAAUCUGGUGGAGAAAAGUUCCUUAUUGCAGACAACCUAGCUGCCAACUUCAGUAGGGAACUUGCUGACUACAUAAUCUACAUAAUAGAUGUAUCUGCGGGUGACAAAAUUCCUCGAAAAGGAGGUCCCGGAAUUACACAAGCAGAUCUCCUUGUGAUAAAUAAGACCGACUUGGCACCAGCUGUGGGGGCAGAUUUGUCCGUCAUGGAGCGUGAUGCACUUCAGAUGCGGGAUGGUGGCCCUUUUGUUUUUGCUCAGGUGAAGCAUGGGGUUGGCGUAGAGGACAUAGUGAACCAUAUCUUACAAUCCUGGGAAGUUGCAACAGGCAAUAAGAAGCGCUAAUUGAAAACUUCACUUGAACAUUGUGGAUCUUUUGGCUUAUCCAGUGCUAUUAUAUAACAUUCAAUUUCCCUGUUUCUGGACUAAUAUAAUCUGUCUACUGAAUAAUGCUUGUUAUGUACAAGCACCUAGUAUUUAUAAGUUCCUAUAUUUAAUUUGGUUUGUUUGAUCAAUCAUUAA